GAGGAUAUACCAUUAGCAUGUCAAAGAUAUAGUGUUAAUGCCUCCUCUGAGCACUGCUACACUAUUAUCAGAUCUUUAAAUUUUAUGAACUUUCAUUGGAUUGACAUUGGUACUUGUUCAGUAAGAGUUUCUAAUGUGGAGCUUAAUUAUCACAAUUUGGCAACACAGAUAUGUAGUAAAGUAGACAAUCGUAUUUCAUCUAAGCAAGUGAAGUUCAAAAUCAUAGGUUUAAUGUUUAAUGAUACUGGUACUUGCCCCACAUCUGCUCCAGAUACUAGCCUUUGUCCAUCAUCUGUACCCACUACCUCUUCUUCAGUUUUCCCUUCCAGGUCCUUUGUCACUACUUCCCUUCUGUAUGGCUCUGUCUCAGUACCUUCCUCGACAAAUAAUGACCUUCCUCAAACUCUUGUCCCCAGCUCUACUUUAGAUGUGUUUUCUUUCUUUGGUUUACUUUCCUCUUCUUCAAACUAUCCCUCAACUUCAAUACAACCCAGUACUUCAAUUGCACCAACUUUAUCUCAAUAUUCCUCUCUACAAGCAUCUCAAUUGUAUUCUGAUGGCUCUGUCUCAGUCUCUUUAGUCCCUUCCUCAAGUAAUAGUGAUCUAUCACAAACUGAAUCUUCUGCAACUAUAUCUAGUGCUAAUACCUCACAGUUCUCACCCUCAGCCUUUCAAACCUCUUCUAUAAUAGCCUUUGUCCCCAGCUCUGCUUUAAAUGUGAUUUCUUUCUUUGGUUCACUUUCCUCUUCUUCAAACUAUCCCUCAACUUCAAUACAACCCAGCACUUCUGUUGCACCAACUUUACAUACUUCUGAAUUUUAUUCUGAUGGUUCUGUCUCAGUGCCUUCUUUGACAAAUAAUGACCUUUCACAAACUGAAUCUUCUGCAACUAGUCCGUAUGCCUCAGUCUCAACUGGCUUUCAAACCUCUUCUAUAUUAGUUGUCCCCAGCUCUACUUUAGAUGUGUUUUCUUUCUUUCGUUCACUUACAUCUUCAAAAUAUCCCUCAACUUUUAUCCAGCCCAGCGCUUCUACUACACCAACUUCAUCUCAUUAUUCUUCUAUUUCAAUACUCACAAUCUCUUUUCCAAGUGUUUCUGUGUUGCCUCCCUCCCCUCCUUCCCUGUACUGUGCAGCUGAUGAGCAAUGGCCAGAAACAGCAGCUGGAUAUACUGCCAAUGGAACCUGCUACAAAGGGACUGUUAAUGCUACUAGAUAUUGCAAUGAAACUGGAGAGUGGAAUGAGACCAUUUGUCAUAACAGUGAAAGCUUUGGAGCUAUAUUGUCAUUGAUUUCAUCACCCCAGAAAGCUCUCACAAGUCUAUCACAGCAGAUAAAUAGCAUACCUCUGAUUCAAGCAGUUGUAUUAUUGGACAUUAUAGUUAUGAGCAAUUCCAAUUACACAGAUGUUGAGGAAUUU